GUAUGUAGGUAUUGGGGGAAGGGGAGGGAUCAACCGAGAAAGCAUGGAAGUGGUUUAAAGCUCAUUUUUCAGUUUGUGCUGCUCAUAUAGAGUCCAAAUUAGGAGUUACUCAUUUACAGGCUGUAAAGCUUCUACAGUCUAAAAAUUUCUGAAAACCAAGCAUGGAUUAACUCUUGAUACAAACAGUAAAUUGAAAAUUCAACUUGUAACCUUAUUUUUAAAUUUUACUCUCAAAGCUUUUUUCUAGCUAACCACAUUUUUAAAAAAUUGUGAUACUUUUAGUUAGAGCUGAAAGGGCUCAACUAGCAUUUGCUGUUGAUGACCAGUAUGUGGAGUCUGACUUAGCUUUCCAGAAUUGAUUGAUUUUUGGGGUUGUAUUGGCAAAUCACAGUCCUAAAUGAUACAUGUUGAAUGAUGCACUAUGUUUUUGUUUAAAUGAAAUUUACUGAAAAUAAUUAAUUCCAGAAUUAAGGGAAAUUGAUGUUGCUAUCAUAAGGCAGCAUAAAAAAAUACAUUUUUUAAAUGGCAAAGACAUUUCAAGCAGAUAUAGUUCUUAAUGAACCAGAAAGAAGGCGGACCUGGAAUUUGGAAGACGUGGUUUCUAACUGCUGCUGACCAACUCUGACUCUGGGAAAGUAGGCCUUGAUUCUUUUUUCUAUAACAUGAGGAGCUUGGACUCUUUGAAUUCAGAACUCAGAAAGUUGGAAGGGAUCUUAAAGCCCUUUAUGAAGGAGUUUGGGAAUGUUCUCCAUUGCUGUCACUUUUCCUCCAAAAAUAACCUGGCUUGGAAGUCAUUGGUCCAAAGGGAAUUUGACUCCCCAUAGAAAUUGGAGAAAAGGUAACGCAAGUAGAGAGGAACAGCUGUAUGUCUGUUUGAGGAAUAAAGCCACUAACAGAUUCUGGUACGAAUUUUGGAGACAUAAAGAGAAUGAGUGUAUGUACCUUAAGUGUACCAGUUUCCUCACUCUCUCCUGGCAGAAGAUGUGGCACUUUUAGGGAUGCUGGGAUUCUGGGAUGUGUUCCUAUUAAUUCUAAUACAGAUGAAGAAGAUGUGAUAGAGGGAAAGAUGGUGGCAGAAGGAACGGAUAAAGAGGCAAAAUUGCCUGCUAAAAAGAAAAGAAAGAAGGGUUUGCGAAUUAAGGGGAAAAGGCGACGAAAGAAACUGAUUCUUGCAAAAAAGUUUAGUAAGGAUUUGGGAUCUGGGAGGCCUGUGGCAGAAGCCCCUGCUUUGUUAGCUUCCAGUGCACCUGAGCAGGAUGAAGAAGGUCUUUUUGAGAGCAAUAUAGAAAAACAGAUCUAUCUACCCAGUACUAGAGCCAAGACCUCCAUUGUUUGGCACUUCUUUCAUGUUGACCCCCAGUACACCUGGCGGGCUAUUUGUAACCUUUGUGAGAAAAGUGUUAGCAGGGGAAAACCAGGUAGCCAUCUUGGGACAUCUACUCUUCAACGACAUCUGCAGGCAAGGCAUUCACCUCACUGGACCAGGGCCAACAAAUUUGGAGUUACUAGUGGGGAGGAGGAUUUUACUUUGGAUUUAGCUUUGUCUCCCUCUUCUGCUGGAAGCAAUGGAAGCUUUGAAUAUAUAUCUACUGAUCCAUUAGAUGAUAAUGGAGUGGGUAAGAAACGUGAUAAGUCAGUAUCUGAUGCCCUGAGGGCAGAAAGAGGGAGAUUUCUCAUCAAAAGUAAUAUUGUCAAGCAUGCCUUAAUUCCUGGAACAAGAGCCAAGACAUCUGCAGUUUGGAAUUUUUUCUAUACUGAUCCUCAGCACAUCUCCAGAGCCGUGUGUAAUAUUUGUAAAAGAAGCGUGAGCCGGGGUAGGCCAGGUUCUCACUUAGGAACUUCAACACUUCAACGACAUCUUCAGGCCACACAUCCCAUCCAUUGGGCUGUUGCCAACAAAGACAGUGGUGCAGUUGGAAAUGGAUUAGAUGAGGCUGAGACUGAGAGAACUGAUCUCUCGACCGAUGCUUUGCAUGGAGAGAAGUCUACAGGCAUCCAAGAUGUAACAGCUGAGGACCUUAGUGAUUCUGAUUCUGACGAACCUCCUGUAUUAGAGGUUGAAAAUAGAAGAUCUGAGAGUCCUGUUCCUGUUGCAGAGCAAGACACUCUAAUGCAUGCACAGGAACAAGAAACAACAUAUUGUGAAAAUUCAACCUCAAGACAAAUAAAUCAGGCAAUUAUUCAGAUGAUUGUGGAGGAUAUGCAUCCUUACAACUACUUCUCAACCCAAGCCUUUCAGAGGUUUAUGCAGAUUGUGGCCCCUGACUAUAGGUUACCGUCUGAAACUUACUUUUUCACUAAGGCUGUGCCUCGGUUAUAUGACUGGGUCAGAGAAAAAAUUUUCUUAACUCUGGAAAAUGUUCAGAGCCAAAAGAUCCACCUGACUGUGGACAUAUGGACCCAUGACCCAUCUACUGACUAUUUCAUUGUGACUGUACACUGGGUCUCUUUGGAAACUCCACCUUCUUCCAAUAAUGGCAGGAUCCCCGAUUUUAGAAAGUGGGCAGUUCUUUGUGUAACAGGUUUGGCCAAAGACUGUUUAAUAACCAACAUUUUACAAGAAUUAAAUGACCAGAUUGGUUUGUGGCUUUCUCCUAAUUUCCUCAUCCCUGGCUUCAUUGUUUCUGACAAUUCUUCUAAUGUAGUACAUGCAAUCAAAGAUGGUGGUUUUACCCACUUGCCAUGCUUCCUACAUUGUUUAAAUAUAGUCAUCCAGGACUUUUUCUGUGAGCACAAAAGCAUUGAGAACAUGUUAGUGGCUGCUAGGAAAACGUGUCAUCAUUUUAGUCAUUCAGUCAAGGCCCGUCAGAUACUGCAAGAGUUCCAAAAUGAUCGCCAACUUCCAUGGAAAAAUUUGAAGCAGGAUGAAGCUGGCCAUUGGAUUUCUACGUUUUAUAUGUUAAGAUGGCUCUUGGAGUAUUGUUACUCAGUCCACCAUAGUCUUGGCAGAGCCAGUGGAGUUGUGCUAACUUCCCUUCAGUGGACUCUAAUGACAUAUGUUUGUGAUAUUCUUAAACCAUUUGAAGAGGCCACCCAGAAAGUGAGUGUAAAAACCACAGGAUUGAAUCAGGUGCUACCCCUAAUCCAUCAUCUACUCCUUUCCCUGCAGAAACUCAGAGAAGAUUUUCAAAUUAGAGGUGUUCCUCAGGCCCUCAAUCUGGUAGACAGUUUAUCCCUGAAGCUUGAAACUGACACCCUACUAAGUGCCAUACUCAAAUCCAAGCCCUGUAUCUUGGCUGCUUUGUUAGAUCCUUGCUUUAAAAAUAGUUUGGAAGACUUCUUCCCUCAAGGUGCUGAUUUAGAUACUUACAAGCAGAUCCUUGCAGAAGAAGUUUGUAACUAUAUGGAAUCUUCACCAGAGGUCUGCCAUAUUGCAACUUCAGAAGCUUCUGGUCCCUCAGCUAUAGUAGGAGCUGAUUCAUUUACCUCAUCUAUAAGAGAAGGCACCUCCAGUUCAGAGUCUGUUGAUAGUUCAGCUGCAGAUAAUGUUGCCAUUGGAGGCAAAAGCUUCAUGUUUCCUUCUGCCAUAGCAGUAGUGGAUGAAUACUUCAAAGAAGAGUAUUCAGAGAUCUCAGGAGGUGAUGACCCUUUGAUUUACUGGCAGAAGAAGGUGAGCACAUGGCCAGCUUUGACUCAAGUCGCCAUUCAGUAUCUGAGCUGCCCCAUGUGUAGCUGGCAAUCUGAAUGUAUCUUCACUGCAAAUAGCCACUUUCAUCCAAAGCAGAUCAUGACCCUGGACUUUGACAAUGUAGAACAGCUGAUGUUUUUGAAAAUGAACUUGAAAAAUGUUAACUAUGAUUAUUCUACAUUGGUUCUGAACUGGGAUCCUGAGAAUGAAAUUACUCAAAGCAAUGAAAAAGAAAUAUCCUAAUUUCUUUUUCCUUUCUCCAUUUAAAAUGGGCAACUUAUUGCUGUGUUACUGUAUCCUAAUUGCUAUAAUUGUUAUAUAUAGUUAUACUAAUUAUUCUUUACGCACAAUCUGGGGAAACCUGAAAACACAAAAAGGGCUGAAAACGCCUCAGAGGUAAUAUAAUGUUGACAAAAUGAAGAUUAAAGAUUUUAUGGUAGUAACUCAUUAUAGCUGUCACUGAAAAUUUUGUUUAUACCAAUUGAGAGAGGAAAGAUUUUUAAUUAAAAAAUAUAGUGCAGCAUUGAAAGGCCUUAGGCUAUUUCUGGCUGGUAGUUUGAACUAGUAAUUGGUUUUAAGUAAAAAUUUCUCUCAACGUGGGAAGUUGAUUGCUCUGAAACCAAUGAAAUUGAGAAAAAGGUAUACUAAAGUGGUAUCUCGACCCUUCACCCACCAUUUUUCUAUUUCUCUAAAAAUCCUGAUUCAUACUUACGGCUUGACAAAAACAGAGUUCACAAAAUUGUUUUAUAUUUGGAAAUUUCUAAUUGCCUCCUCAUACUGGUCAGCUUUAUAAUUUCAACUUACUGAGUGUGAUAGAGUUACCCUGUAUAUUUAGAAUUGGAUCUAUAUAAAAAGGAAACAUUAGAAAACAAUUAGGAAAAAAUUACAUUUGAUCUUUGAAUUACCUUUUUAACUUUUAUAAACUUGUAUGAAAAUAAUAAAGAUUGUAUAGGUACUUUCAUGCUGAAUGACAAUU